AUGAUGGAUCCUUCUAAUCAACUAGAUCUCAAGAUCGGUCUGGAUGGCAUUAGUUGUACUGACUUCGCGACUGUUGGUGAUAAGAUUCUACUUGCAGUCGGAACAUGUAAUGGAAGAAUUCGUAUAUUUGAUUAUGUGGAUCGAACAAAGGCGUUACUUCAGAAACGUUGGCAUAAAACUAUUCGAUGCUUGUCUUUUUUCCCUAAAACUCAAAAUUUAUUAGUUUCGGCUUCCAGUCAAAGUGGCUUAAAAGUACACGAUGUGAUUUCUGAAAAACAAACUUGGGCAUGUUUUCAAGCUCAUGAAAAAUCACCAAUAUCUAGUGUUUUAGUUCUAGAACAUGGACAAUGGGUUACAGGUGAUGAAAAUGGAAUUAUCAAAAUGUGGGAUACAAGGAAGUCAGGUCCAGUAUCAGUCAUGACUCCAGAUAUUGAAAACAAAUUUGAUGAUUUUUUCAAUUCUAUCAAUGAAAUGGCUGUAUCAUCGAAUGAUUCUCAUGGAACUUUGUUAGCUGCAGUUGAUGAUGGAACUUUAGCAGUGUAUAAUAUACGACGUCGACGUUUUGAAAUGUCUUCAGAAACACUUGGAUUUAGUGCACGUACAUUAGCUGUUGUUAAAAAUAAUACAAAAGUUCUUGUCGGCACUGAUGAAGGUGUGAUUUCUGUGUUCAGUUGGAAUGAAUUCGGAAAUAUAUGCGAUCGUUUCCCUAUACAUCCUCUUCGACCAUCUAAACAAGGUCAAGCUAGGACAGCUGUUUCUGGUGGAAAUUCUGUGGAGAAUAUAGUCAAAAUUACAGAAGAUAUUGUUGCAGUAGCCACUGAUGAUGGAGUUGUAAGUGCUAUGCAUAUCCUACCAAAUCGUUUGCUUGGAUGUGUUGGAUAUCAUAUAGACACAGCGAAUAAUGUCACUAGCGGAGCAGAUUGUAUGACACUGUCUGUUCAUCCAACAGAGAAUAUAAUUGUAUCAACAUGUCCAGCUAGUUCUUCAAUCAAAUUUUGGAAUACAUCUAAAUUUAUUGAACAUGCUGAAAAUGAAACUGUAGAACUUCGUUUACCAAAAAAUCAACGAAAAUUACCAAGUACAAAACAUAAAGGUGUGAAAUCACGACGUCUUUGUUUAACUGAUACCAAUGAACGUAUGGAAUAUCUUGAAGGUCUUCUACCAGAAAAACAAAGCAUGUUAUCUUCAAAUAAUUCUGAAAAUUCUACAUCACAUGAUGAUAGUUCCUCAGAUAGUAAUAUGUAAACUUGUAAAUUAUAUGCCAA